CCCCGUGUCUUACUCUUUCUUCUUCUUCUUCCUUCUUCAUCUUCUCUUCAAUUACUGGUCUUUACUUGGACUUCAAUUGCUUCUCUUCUGCCCUAAACCUCUCCACUCUUGCCUGUCUACAACCCCGCAUUAUGGUCAGCGCCGUUCGCGUCGCCCCUUCGGCCGCCAGCAGAGCCCGCAAUCUGCUGCGUACCGUCCAAUACACUCAUCCUCCAUCAUGUCCCUGCCAUUCCAAUCCUAAUCACCAUCAUCACCAUCGUUCCCCCACGCUAUCCGACCAUGUGCGCCGUCAUAUGGCCACCCCGGUCGACCCCUCCCGUCAAAAGGAAUAUGCCUUUGAAAUGGCCGCCUCCAGCAUCCGAUUUGGCCCUGGAGCCACGAAAGAAGUUGGCAUGGACUUUGCCAACAUGAAGGCAAAGCGUGUGUGCAUUGUGACGGACGAAAAUGUCGCCAAGCUGGAUGCCAUGAAACAGGCGGUGGAAGGUCUAUCGCGUGAGGGGAUUGAGUUCACCGUCUUUGACAAGGUCCGGAUUGAACCCAAGGAUAGCUCUGUCAAGGAGGCAAUUGCAUUUGCCAAGCCUUACAACCCUGACGCUUUCCUCGCCGUAGGCGGUGGAUCGGUCAUUGACACCGCCAAAUUGAUGAAUCUCUACACCGUCUUUCCCGAUGCCGAUUUCCUCGACUUCGUCAAUGCGCCACUGGGCAAGGGCUUGCCCGUUAACCGGCCGCUGAAACCUUUGGUCGCUGUGCCGACCACAGCAGGUACUGGUUCGGAGACUACAGGAACUGCCAUCUUUGACCUGGUGUCCAAGAAGGCCAAGACUGGUAUUGCCCAUCGGAACCUGAAGCCGACUCUGGGUAUCUGUGAUCCAAUCAACACACGGACCAUGCCGUCGGCGGUCCAUGCUUCUUCUGGUCUGGAUGUGCUCUGUCAUUCGCUGGAGUCAUGGACGGCGAUUCCUUACAAUGAACGGACACCUCGUCCGACUAAUCCCAUCAAUCGCCCCGCGUAUCAGGGUGCGAACCCUAUCUCCGACAUCUUCUCUCUGCAGGCGCUGAAGAGCACUGUCAAGUAUCUCCCCCGGGCGGUUAAGGAUCCCGAUGACUUCGAGGCGCAGUCGCAGAUGCUUCUGGCCGCCACGCUGGCUGGUGUUGGGUUCGGAAACGCAGGCGUUCACCUCUGCCACGGCAUGAGCUACCCCAUUUCCAGCCAGAACCCGGGCUAUAAGCAUGCUGGCUACUCUGUGGACCACCCUAUCAUCCCCCACGGUGUGUCGGUGGCAGUGACCGCGCCGGCUGUGUUCCGCUUCACAGCUGCCUCCAACCCAGACCGGCAUCUGGCGGCCGCGGAGGCAUUCGGAGUAGACAUCUCGAACGUCAAGCGCGAAAGCGCUGGUGAAGUCUUGGGUGAGGCACUGGCCAACUUCCUGGUCCGGCUGGGCGAUCAGCCCCGUGGUUUGAAGGACCUGGGCUUCAAAGCCGGGGACAUUGACUCCCUGGUGGAGGGCACGAUUCCACAGCAGCGAGUGCUGGCACUUGCGCCGACGCUAAAUAAGGAAUUGGAGGCAGAGAGGGCUGAGCUGCGGGGAUUGCUCGAAGAGUCACUGGAGUAUUAGCUUAAGUGUGUACAUAGCCAAAUAGUCUGAAAUUGCAUGAUGGUUCAAAUGACA